AAAUAUACACAAAACACAAAAAAAUUUAUAAAAAUAUUAAAAAAAAAAGUUUUCGAACAGAGAAACUAAAAAAAUUAAAUAUAAUUUUACCCUAACCUAAACGUAAUUCUAAGCAACUGAGCGAUACGUGCCGAGCAAUUUUUUAUACCCAAAACUCGAGCCGCGAAAGCUAAACCUAGAUUCUUAAUACCCGAUCCAAAAGGGAUAUGCACGCCACCCGAGUAUCUGCCGAUAUGAAGAUCUUUGCCGCAGAUGUUGCCGAGAGCAGCGCGCCAGCAACAUGCAACGCGGACGUGCAGCAGCAGCAACAACAGCAGCAGCAGCAACUUGAUUUCCGGUCACGAAAAUCCGCAGGAUCACCCGGUUCAAAGCCGGUACAAAGCCAUCUAAAGUUCGGUAAAUACAACAAUAAGACCGCAAAUCUGCUGCGGCAAGUAAACAGCUGUCACAGCAGCAACACCAGUAACAGCAACAACAACAAUUGCAACAGCAACAGCAACAACGAGGCCAGUAAGAGCCAACAGCAGCAACAAUUGCACUACUGCAGUAACAAUCACUCGUGGGCCCGAAAAAAAUAUUUUGGCAACAGCAGCAGCAAUCUGCAGCAACAGCAACAGCAACAACAGCAAUCUUCGUAUUUUCAAAGGCAGCAACAACAACAGAUGCAGCAGCAACAAGAACAGCAAACGCUAAACAACAAUAAUGUGUUGAUGAAGAAUCAAAAUAUAAUUCAACCACUUAUAUCUGAUAGCAAAUCUAGCGACAGCAACAACAACAGCAGCAGCAACACCAGCGGCAACAUCAGCAACAGAAUGGCUUCAAAGCCAGCCAAUUGGCUUAAUGAUGACAACAACAGCAGCAACAUUAGUAGCAACAUAACUAGCAGCAGUAAUAUUAAUAGCAGCAACAUUACAACCAUCAUCAGCAUUAAUAACAACAGCAACACUAAUAAGAGCAGCAACAUUUAUAGCAACAGCAACAACAACAGUAACCACACAAUUACCUGCAGAAACAACAAUAACAAUAGCAUAAGUUCUAAGCAGCGCAAUUCGUCAACAGAAGCAUCAUCUUCCUAUUUUCGUAAAUCUCCGGAAUCUCAAACCUCUAAAGUUUCAUCAGUUUCGCCGGAAACAACAACAGGGACUUGCAACAUCGGUCCGGCAAUAACAGGUUCGAGCACAGGAAAUGGAUCAGAGUCGUCUGCCGAUAAGUCCCAGGAUAAGGAAAGUACACAGGAUUCUGCAAAAGAGAGACCACGACAGCAGCCCCUUAGUUUUUGGAAAACCAACUAUCCGCAGCCAACAGCCAGCCAAUUAAAAGAUAAGGAGACGGUCGCAGCAGUUGUAUCCGCGGCCGCAAUUGCCGCAGCUGCAUCGGAGCAGCAGCAACAGCAGCAGCAGCAACAGUCGUUGUCCUUCGAGCACAGACGAAACUCCUCGGGCUACCAGCAGCAACAUCAGCAGCAUAACUACUACCAAUAUUACUAUCCGCAACCCAAGCAGUUGACCAUCGCUUCGUUUUUGCAAAAAGAACUGCUGCCCGAAAGUAGCGAAAAAGCAAGCAGUCAACAAAACAACAAUAAUAACAACAACAACAAUAACAACAACACGAGCAGCAACAAUAGCAAUCAGAGCAGCAAUGGUAACAGCAACAGCAACACCAACGGUAACGGCAACUUUUCACGGCAGCAAUAUGGCCACCAAUCCGUGGGUUCUGGCUACCAACAGCAACAGCAGCGCUACCGAAAUGCCCACAAUGUCUAUCAGCAUUACCAGCACCAGCAGCAGCAGCAACACCAUGCCCAGCAGCAACAUCACGGCCAGCAGCAACAUUCGCAGGGCAUUGGCAACUCGCAUUUCCGCCGGAAACAUAAUGACAAUAGCAACAAUAAUGGCAGUGGUAUUAACAAGAAGAUGCACUACAGUCCAUUGGGAAAGAGUGGAGAUACAGGAGGAUCUAAUCAUCAUCAUCAGCAGCAACAUCAUCACGCGCAUCAGCAGCAGACCAUUGAGAUCCUGGCCAGCAGCAACUUUAAUGCCAUGCAUCGCAGAAUGCAAGGUGGUGGUGGUAAGAACGGAUAUUACCAGCACAAUUAUCAUCCAAUGGCGGGUGAGGGCGGUGUCACGCCCACUCGCUCGGAGCACCAAAAUAUCUACAACCUCACUUAUAUCAAUGUGGACAUGGAGGCGAAUGGAGGUGAUAACGGAGGAGCAGCAGCAGCAACGCCUCUGAUCAAACGCUCCUUGCUGAGCAAACCGAGUGUAACCAUAACACCAGCUGCGGUCACAACACCAACUAUUGAUAGGACAAUUCCUCCAGGGGUUCGUCCAGGUUCGGCACCAUUAACCAGUUCGGUUUUGCCAACUCGGAACAUGUUCCCAGCUCCACCACCGCUGGCAUUGAUCAAUGGCCACGCACUGAUCUCUCCAGUGGCAACCACCACGCCCACGAAAAUGAUUAGCUGCGCCCAACUGGAUGAGGCCAUAACGGCAGCGGCUGCCAGCGGAGAUCAGUUGGGCACGAGCCCAAGCUUCAACCAGGCGGUGCCCUAUCUUAUUCCCCACCAACAGCAGCCAUCGCAUCUAAUUCCCAGCUGCAGCACAUCACAACCUCCGCCGCCGCCGCCGCCGCCGCCACAGGUGUUCUUUCACUUCGGUGAGGGAUUCUGCAAUCCGGGACAGAGUCAGGCUCACCAGAUGCCUCCGGCUCCCGCGUGGCCGCACUCCACUUCGCCCUGCUACCAAAACUCGUACGGAUCUAGUUGCAGUCUGAGUGGAAAUGGAUCCUCGCCACACAACAAGGACGCCAGUGCGGUUGGAGUGAGAUCCGUUUCGCCAGCACUUUCUUCGUCUUCUUUGGGUGCGGAAUCCCACUGGAGUGGCAUAAGCAACCGCAGUCGGUUGGGCCAUGGAGGCCACCUCUCAAUCUCUCCCACUCCCAGCUCUUUGGGAUCCGCCCAAUUGUCUCCGCACCUGGUUGAAAUGGGAGUUCAACAUCCGAUGCACCAGCAACACCCGCCCCCGCUGUCCACUCACCAUCCACACGGACAGAUAAACGGACACGCAUUGACUCCCUAUCUUCCCCACCGACCACCACCUCCUCCCCCGGCGCCGGUUUCAUCGCCGAUUCCAACGACAGGAGCCGCGGCAGGAGUUCCCUGGUACGAACUCGUCCUGCCCCCCGAUCGCUAUUUGGCCCAAGCCCGAAACGUGGAGGUCGUCGUCCAGCCAGAGAAGCUAAUCUGCAUGUGCAAGUACGAUAACUUGUCCGUCGAAAUCUGGAAGAGAUUCCGGGGAGCUCAGCAGACGCACAAGAAGUUCAAGUCCAAGAUGCGACUGUGGCGAUACCUGUUCCUCUGGAUGAAUCAACCGAUGUUUGAGCGAUAUCGCAUCUGCCUGGUUGGAUCGACCAUCACGGGAUUCGGAACGGACUCCUCGGAUAUCGACAUGUGUCUGCUGCCCGAGCAGGGGCAACAGCACCAUUACCACCAUCACCAACAUCAUUACCAUAAUGAAAAGCGAACCGAGGCCCUGAUUAUCCUUACUCUGUUCAACGCGGUUCUGAAGGAUACUGAGGUCUUUCAGGACUUUAAUCUCAUUGAGGCGAGGGUACCAAUCCUGCGCUUUAAGGACAUCACUAAUGGAAUCGAAGUCGAUCUGAACUUUAACAACUGCGUUGGCAUUAAAAACACUUAUCUGCUGCAGCUUUACGCCCAAAUGGACUGGCGGACACGACCCUUGGUGGUGGUUGUGAAGCUCUGGGCCCAAUAUCACGACAUCAACGACGCCAAACGGAUGACCAUUUCGAGCUAUUCACUGGUGCUGAUGGUGCUGCACUACCUGCAACACGCCUGCGUGCCCCACGUGCUGCCCUGCCUGCACACCCUCUAUCCGGAGAAGUUCCAGUUGGGUCAGCAGGACUGUCUGGACCUGGACCUCAUCGAGCCGAUCGAGCCCUACCAGGCGCUAAAUACCCAGACGCUCGGCGAACACUUGCUUGGCUUUUUCAAGUACUACAGCAGCUUUGACUUCCGAAACUUUGCGAUCUCCAUACGGACCGGUGGAGUCCUGCCGGUGUCCACAUGCCGAAUGGCCAAGAGCCCCAAGAACGACGUGUACCAAUGGAAGGAGCUGAAUAUCGAGGAGCCCUUUGAUCUCUCGAAUACCGCGCGAUCAGUUUACGAUAGUGCUACUUUCGAACGGGUGAAGGCGGUGUUUUUGACCUCGGCUCGGCGACUCGACCACACUCUCGAUUUGGCCACCAUCUUCCGGCCCAUCCACCAUGUUCCGGAGAGCUUUCCCCCACAGCAGCAGCAGUUCGAGCACCACUUGCCCUUCCCGAUUUCCAAUCAGUCGAGGAAUUCAGGUGGUAAUGCUCCUGUGACCAGCAAAUUGACACAAGAUGUGGCCUCGACCUUUGUCGAAACGAAUGCAGCGCAUGUCGCCAUUUAAAAAAAAACCUUUUUUUUUGGUCAUUGGGUCUUAUAAUUGCUUAACAAAAAUAUUUCUUGCAGGAAUUUUCACACGAGGAAAAAUAUAAAUAUUGUGUCCAAAAGUGUUGAGUCGACACAAACAAGAAACUUUGUAAAUUGAAAUUCGAAAAAAAUAUCAACAACGUGAAAAACUGUUUAAAAAGAAGAAUUUCAAUAAACUUAAAUGCAUCUUUCAUCUUGUUAAAUGUUAUUAUAUUCAUUUAUUUAUACUUUUAUAAACUCCAAGUGUAUCAUCGCAUUCCAUUAAUUAUUGUAAACAUCCAAGGAGGCGUGCGAUGUUCGUCCCUCCUGUGGCGUGUAUGUUUUUUUUUUUUCUGAAAAACAAAUUGUCAACCGAAAAUGUAAUAGUCCAUGUUUUGAAAAAUAAAUAACACAAAACAUGCUAA